UAUAAGAGAGCAUGACAGAAUCAAGAACCCACACUCAGCUCACCGAGAGAAGAGGAGAAAACUGAGGAGCAAACAGCAACAAACCGUCUCCACACCUCAUACAGUUUGGACGCACAGAGCCAGAGGCAUCAGCAGUGAUACAGCAGAGAUGACGACAUCCACAAACAAGCAGCGAGAGGUCUACAACCAGCACGGCUUCCUCUCUGCUCUGCCUGUGCUGAAUCACACGGAGCUGAAGGAGGCCAGACACGCCUUCUCCGAGCUGGAGGGGGAAUUUGGUGAAGCGUACACCCAGUACAGCCUCCACAAUGUUCACCUUCAGUAUCCGUGGGUGAUGGGCCUGACCAAACACCCUCGCGUCCUGGAAGUGGUCCAAGCCGUCCUGGGCCCUGACGUCAUCCUGCUGGACUCCCGCUUCAUCUGCAAAUACCCCACACUCACAGCAGCCGACAUCCAGGAGAAUGAAGAAGGAGGAAGCAAACCUGAUGGGAAGGAUGGGGAGAAGGUGCUUCCUUAUGUUGCCUGGCAUCAGGAUAUGAGGUAUUGGGGUAUUGCAGGUGGCCCUGUUCUCUCUGUGUGGCUCGCUUUAGAUGACUCGCGGAAGGAAAAUGGCGCCCUUCAGGUCAUCCCAGGCAGCCACUGCUUGGGCAUGUUGCCCCAUCGCCAAGCCACCCGCCCUGGAAACAUGCUGUCGGUCAACCAGGAGAUCCCAGAGGAGCUGGUGCAGGCGGAGGAAGCUGUGUUUUGUCCUCUGCUGGCCGGACAGAUGUCUAUCCAUGAUGGGUUCCUUGUCCAUGCCAGUGAUGCCAAUACAUCCCAGAGGAGGCGCUGUGGGCUUGUGAUCCGUUACGUCCCCACCUGUGCUUACCCCACAGAGGAUCCGGAUCGUCCCAGGAAGUUUCAAGCCACAGUGUUGGCCUGUGGAGACGAUCGAUUCAAUCAUUUCUCCAACAAAAGCACAUGAGCACUCCCUGGAUUUUCUCUGCAAGAAUAUUUGCCUUCACGCUUUACAAGCUUAUUUAACUGUGUGUUUAUAUGAACACACUUUGUAUUCUAUUUCUAUGACAUAGUUUGUUCCAUAUUGUUUAGUAUAGAUGUUGUUUUGUCUCAUGUGCAGAUCUAACUGGACUGUUCCAAAAAGCUUUAAAAUAAAUGCUAAAGUGAACAUUGUUCAGUUCAUUCCUGUUGUGCUGUUCUCCCACUUCACCUACAUUGAUGUGUGUGCUCUUUACAACUUAAAUAAAGUAUUGAAAUAUGA